AUGCUCGACCCGAGUAACUUCACGCUUGCUCCCAACGGCGCAGGUUCCAAGACGCCUAGCCCAGGGCGGGGUCCUUCACCGGGGUUGUCGUCUGCUUCGUUACCUGGGUCUGCUGCUUCUGGGUCUGGAUUUGGGUCUGUGUCGGGGACUGGGACUGGGGGGGGUGAGAGGUAUGUGGUGCAGGAUUCGAGGUGGCGGUUUCAUGGGGAGGAACAUUUUCCAAAACCGAGGAAUUUUGUCGGGGGGGCGAGGAAGUAUAGGGCUGGCAGGGGGAGUAGUGUGCCGUUGCAUUUGGGGGCUUUGUAA